CAAAAAACAUGGCGCUACCCUUCUCCAAGACAACCGAGACAGGCCAUAUUCCGAUAGUAGAUUUUACUGCUUUUAGUAUCUCUAACAAACAAAGGCCUCCUGUUGAUGAUGCUGCAGUGCAAAAGCUAGCUGAGGAGAUUCACUCAGCGUUCAGUACUGUUGGAUUUGUCUAUCUAACCAACCAUGGGAUCUCUCAGACUGAGGUAGAUAAUGUGCUCCAAACGACUGAUAAAUUUUUUGGACAAAGCAAAGAAAUAAAGUCAAAAUACCAAAAAGGAAAAGGUUCAUCACCAGAUGGAUGGGACGAGCUAGAACGAGAACAAACCAACCUCAACAGGCCACCAGACCUGAAGGAAUCAUUUGAUGUUGGAGCAGUGUAUAAUGAAAACUUUAACUGGCCCAGUGAUGAUGUGGUUCCUAACUUUAAGUCUACUAUCAAGAACUUCUAUGAACACCUUAGCGAUCUUGGAUUCAGGGUAUUGUCUGCAAUAGCUAUUGGACUGAAUUUGGAUCCAGAUGUUUUUGAGCAAUACUUUAGAAAUCUUGGUACCGAAGCAGGAGGAGUUCAGCUUCGGUUUAAUUACUAUCCCAAGGUAUCUGAUAUUGAACUGAAGCCUGGUCAGAUUAGAUGUGGUGAACACACUGAUUAUGGAGUCAUUACUCUUCUCAUACAAGAUGAUGCAGGUGGCCUUGAGGUUGGUACAGUGGAUGGUCAAUUUGUUCCUGCCACACCCAUCCCAGGAACAAUACUUGUAAAUGUUUCAGACCUUAUGCAGCGCUGCACAUCUGACAGACUGAAAUCAACCCCACAUCGAGUGCUUGUCCCAGACGAGGAAAUCAAGAGAUGUAAGCCCCGCCGUUCUGUUGCUUUUUUCUUUGAUCCUGACCAAGAAACUACCAUAACAUGUUUGGAUGGAACUGAGAAAUACCCUCCUGUCAAAUCAGGGAAGUAUAUCAAGAA